AUGGAGAUACUUAGGAUUGAUUUCCCCAAGUUUUCUGUUGAAUAUCACAAAUUUUUUGAGGAUGAAUCUUUGUGCUUGUGCCAGAAACCAGAGAACUAUGAGGUUGCAUGGAUCUUUUUGAUUUCUCAACAUAAUUUUGGGGAUUCAAAUGGAGAGCAUUCUUCCAAGUAUUCUAGAGGUAGUAAUUUCAUAAUUUUGCUUUCACAUAAAAGAAAGCAUGCCACUGUUCUCAUUGCUCUUCGUGCAGAGAUACAAGCCUUUGUCAAGGCUUUCAUGUUUUCUUGA